UGUAAUACAUAAAAGAUACGAAAAUCGCCGAUUCUAAUUGGAUGUGUAGAAGUGAAUGCUUCCAAGAAAAAAAUGAAGGGUAAGGUAGAUCAAAGGAGAUGGAAUAAACCAAGCAAUCUCCUCGUUUAUAUAUGUGCAUUGGCUGCAUCUUUUUCCUGGCUAUGCUCCUUAAAAGAUUAUCAUUUCAAGUUUCUCAAAUGGGAUGAUUCAAAUAAAGCAAUCACCACUCUUUGAAUAUUAGAAACUCCUCCACUCCAAGCCAUUCUUUUAACAUCUAGUUGUUCAACAAAAUUUUCGUAUUCUUCCUGAAGAAUUAAGCAUCUCGUUUUCUACAGGCUGGUUUGAUCCUGAAACAUGGACCGUGGAAGUUCUUUGGAAGAUGAUGGAAUUGUUCGUUUGCAGAUUAACGAGCUUCGAAAGCUUAGUAAGAACAGUGGUUCAAACACCAUUUUUGAACCCCAAAGAAGUCCUGUAGAAUCAGUCUCUUCAGCGCCGGUGGUUCCAGCACCAGAAAAGAAACUAACACUCUUUGCUCUUAGGCUUUCAAUCAUUGAGAAGACAGCUACUGGCCUUGGAACUCUUGGGUUUAUCUGGGCAACAGUAGUUCUUCUAGGUGGUUUUGCUAUCACUUUAGAUAAAACUGACUUCUGGUUUGUCACCAUUAUCUUGUUAAUUGAAGGAACUCGAAUAUUCAGCAGAAGUCAUGAGCUUGAAUGGCAACACCAAGCUACAUGGUCGAUUACUGAUGAUGGAAUCAAUAGUUUCCGGGCACUGAGAUCCACCUCACACAUCCUCAUUAAAGCCAUGAAAACAAUCUUCUAUCCACUUUCCUUGAUGAGGAAGCAAAGUAAAAAUACUAGAGAAAUAACACCACCUGGUCAUUCACAAGUUGGAAGAUGGAAUCAUAGAGGAGCCCCAACUCGAACAUGGAUAAGUUCAGAUGUUCCUCUUCUACCUGGUAAAUGGGUUUUCCAUUCAAGAAAUAUAAGCAAAGUCCUGUACUGGCUCCAGCUUUUAUCUGCAACAACUUGUGUGGUACUUUCAUCCAUGAAGCUCAUCAAGCGUAACUAUGGGGAUGUACAAAAGGGAGAUACUGAUAAAAGGAACCGGGAAUCUGCUCUGACUAUUUUCUAUGCCUUGGCCUUGGCAGAAGCUCUGGUGUUUUUGAUGGAGAAAGCUUAUUGGGAGUGGAAAGUCAUAUAUUGUAAACUUUUGGAGGAAGUGAAUAAGGAGUGCGAAUUCGGUCCUUCAGGUAUGGUUUCGAUCAAAAGGUUCUUCUAUGAUGCUUAUUCAAGAUGUGUUAAUGGAAGCAUAUUUGAUGGCGUGAAAAUGGAUAUUGUUACUUUUGCUAUGGAUCUGUUGGCUUCAAAUUCCCCUGAUGAACAGCUCAUUGGAGCUAGAACUCUUCGCCAGUUUGCGAUUAGUCCAAAAUAUUCGGAUGACACCUUGCAGAAGAUUGGGAUAAAUUUAUCAGUGAUGGAAAGAUUAGUUGAGAUGUUGAACUGGAAAGACCCUCAAGAAGAAGAGAUCAGGAAAUCAGCUGCUGAGAUACUGCCAAAACUAGCUGGUAAGAAGCAAAACUCUCUGCGUGUAGCUGCCAUACCAGGUGCAAUGGAAUCAAUAUCAUCUCUGCUUCAUACAAAUAGAAAUUGUGGUGAUGGAGCAGAUGAAAUUGGUGAAAAGAACAUCAUUCUUGAUCAUCCAAAUUACAGUUUCUGGACAUUCAAUCAUUUAGGACUUCUUAUUCUGAAAAAGCUUGCUCGUGAUCAUGACAACUGUGGAAAGAUUGGAAACACAAGGGGCCUGUUACCUAAAAUCAUAGAUUUUACACAUGCUGGAGAAAAGUUGUUGAUGGAUGAAAAUGUUGCACCAUCUCAGAUUCUAACUGUUAAACGAUCUCUGCAAUUGGUGAAAAUGCUGGCGAGCACGACUGGUGCCACAGGAAAACAUCUCAGAACAGUAAUCUCAGAGGUAGUUUUCACAAUCAGCAACAUUAGAGAUAUUUUAAGACAUGGAGAAAAACACCCAAUGCUUCAAAAACUAAGCAUAGAAAUUCUAACCAAUCUGGCACUGGAAGAGGAAGCAACAGAAAGGAUUGGUGGCACUGGCGGGGUACUAAAGGAGUUGCUCAAUAUUUUUCUCAACCAGGGAAUACCAGAGCAACAGAAUUACGUACGACGUGCUGCAGGAGAAGCGCUAGCCAUGUUGGCCUCAGAAAGCAGAACCAAUUGCCACCGCAUCUUGAAAUUGCAAGCACUGGAAAGGCUUGUGAAAGCAUUGGAGGUUCCAUUACUUCGUGUGAAUGCUGCAAGAAUUUUAAGAAACUUGUGCACCUACAGUGGAGAAGAAUGCUUCUACCAGUUAAAGGGUGCCAUAGCUGCAGCACCAACAGUGCUCAAGGCAAUUAUGUCAGAAGAGAACAAGUUGCAAGAAGUAAUGGUUGGACUAGCAGCAGAAGUGUUCAAACACUUGACAUCUGAAGAAUCAAGCAUCAUGUUUGAAAAAGCUGGAAUCAAAGAGGAGGAAUUAGCUAAAGCAUUGGUUCAGAUUCUUCAAAAGCACAGCCAUCCAUCGGCUAAGGUCCCAAGAAUAAGGAGGUUCACCGUAGAGUUGGCAAUUUGGAUGAUGCAUGACAAUGUGAAGAAUGCAUACAUUUUUGAGGAUUUGGGAAUGGAGAAAGAGCUGGAGGGUGUGUUAGAGACCACAGCAGAGAUAGAAAGCUUCAACAUGUUCUCUGGCACUGUUGGGCUUAGGCGGCACAGCACAACAAUUCACUCACUGGUUGAAACUGCAUUGAAGCUGCUGAAGGAAAAAUAAACAGUACAAAAUACAUCAGUUCAAGUGUUUGAAUAAUCGGUCUAGUGAAUAUACAUUCAUAACAGCUAAAGCAGAUUCUUUUUCUCUAAGCAAUAAUCAAUGUUGAUUGCUAUAAAUUAUUCUUUUUAUUUUUCAGGUUCUAUAUAAAAUUU